AUGUUGUCUAAGUCAUUGUUAUGGUCGUCUUUCUUAUUAGCGCUGAUCCCUAACACUUUUGCGCAAAGCGACUCGAACGUUACCAAUCCAACGCAACGUGUGACGCUUGCACUCGAUGCUUUACAGUCAUGGUACAAUCCUAACACCGGUCUCUGGGAGACUACUGGGUGGUGGAAUGGUGCAAAUGUCAUGACUGUCAUUGGCAACUUUGCGAACGCGGACCCUGAGAACAAUACACUUCAAACUUUGGCUCGCAAUGUGUUUGCAACCACGUUGGUAAAGGCGCCAGGGAAGAACCCGAAUCCAGGAAUUGAAGAUCGAGGUGCAGAGGAAAAACCUAGCAGUACGGGCUGGGGACAUUGGGGACAGGGACGCUGGGGAAAGGGCAACUGGGGACAAGGACGCUGGGGAGCGUGGGGAGGUGAAUACAAGAAAUACAAGGAUCCUAACACCGGUGAGCCGCACACUUCGUAUCCGACAAACUGGUAUACUGUAUCGAUUGCUCCUGCGGCAGUUGUCAAUAGUUCUGCCCCUAACGCAAGCGAUUGGCUGGAUGGCUACUACGACGACGACCUUUGGUGGGCACUCGCCUGGAUCAACGCCUAUGAUGUCACCUUUAACACUCCCUAUCUCAAACUCGCCGAAGACAUCUUCCUCGCCGUUGCGCGUACAUGGGGAACAUACUGUUUCGAGGGCGGUAUAUACUGGAGCCACGAGAAGAACUACGUCAACGCCAUUGCGAAUGAGCUGUUCUUCAGCACCGCCGCACAUCUGGCUACUCGUGUCGAGUUCCAAAAGCAAGCAGUCUACCGAGAAUGGGCGGAAAAGAGUCUGGAGUGGUUCUUGCAGACUGGAAUGCUCAACCAGAAGGGUACCAUCAACGAUGGUCUGACGAAAGACUGCAAGAACAACGGACAGACAACAUGGUCGUACAACCAAGGCGUCAUCCUGGGUGGUCUGUUGGAACUUCAAAAGGCAUCACCAGACCCAAAGAAUCAGUACAUUGCUCUCGCAUCCCACAUUGCGAAUGCCGCUCUCAUCGAGCUCUCAGAUCAACAGGGUGUCAUUCACGAUGAGUGCGAACCGAACUGUGGUGCCGACGGUACACAGUUCAAAGGCAUUUUCAUGCGCAACCUCGUCGAGUUGCAGGGAGCAGGCAAGGACGACUUUAGGAAAGCGAUCAAUGCAAACGCGGAUUCCAUCUGGAAAAACGACAGAGAAGAUGAGAAGGCUGCGAACACAAGAUGUUGA